CUGCCUCUUCUUCAAGUCUUUCUCUUGCCAUGCCUGUCUCACUGCCUUCUCCUCAGCUCUGCCCUCAUGAUCCUCCACAUCAUUCUUGCUCUUCCCUCCUAAUGUUUACCUUCUGCUCUGUGCACAGUACUUCUCUGCCAACUCAGCCACCUCAGCACACUCCUCUUCUGGCCCUGUCUCUCAGGGACCUCGUUGUGACCUUCUGGCACCAUGACAACCCUGGAUGAUAAGCUGCUGGGGGAGAAACUACAGUAUUACUACAGCACCAGCGAGGAUGAGGACAGUGACCAUGAAGACAGAGACGGAGACAGUGGAGCCCCAGCCAGCAGCUCCAUACCUGUGGAAGCUGAGCUGGCCAGCGAAGGCAUUUCAAUCAAUACAGGCCCAAAAGGUGUGAUCAAUGACUGGCGCCGCUUCAAGCAGUUGGAGACAGAGCAGAGGGAGGAGCAGUGCCGGGAGAUGGAACGGCUGAUCAAAAAGCUAUCUAUGACCUGCAGGUCCAAUCUAGAUGAAGAGGAGGAACAAAAGAAGCAGAAGGACCUCCAGGAGAAAAUCAGUGGGAAGAUGACUCUGAAGGAGUUUGCUACAGUGGACAAGAACCUGGAUGACGAAGAGUUCCUGCAGCAGUACCGAAAACAGAGAAUGGAAGAGAUGCGGCAGCAGUUUCAGAAAGGGCCCCAGUUCAAGCAAGUUUUUGAGAUCCCCAGCGGAGAAGGGUUUUUAGACAUGAUCGAUAAAGAACAGAAAAACACCCUUAUCAUGGUUCAUAUUUAUGAAGAUGGCAUCCCGGGGACCGAAGCCAUGAAUGGCUGCAUGAUCUGCCUUGCCACAGAGUACCCGGCUGUCAAAUUCUGCCGAGUGAAGAGUUCGGUUAUUGGGGCCAGCAGUCGUUUUACCCGGAAUGCCCUUCCUGCUUUGCUCAUUUACAAGGCGGGUGAAUUGAUUGGCAAUUUUGUUCGUGUCACUGACCAGCUGGGGGAAGAUUUCUUUGCUGUAGACCUUGAAGCUUUCCUACAGGAAUUUGGUUUACUCCCAGAAAAGGAAGUCUUGGUGCUGACAUCUGUGCGAAACUCUGCCACCUGUCAUAGUGAAGACAGCGAUCUGGAAAUAGAUUGAACUGAUAAUCUAGUUCCAUAGCUAUCUCAUUGUUUGGGCUGGAGGACACAUGUCUGUUUUUAUUUCUGUCCUUCCUGUGUCUUCUGGCUUUACAGCUGUCCUUCGUAGUCUCAUUUAGUAUAUGGAAAGUCAAGAAAUUCUUAGAUUAAAUCAGAAUGCUGACUCACUUUGUGACUAGCAAAUUAUAUAAGCAGGAAGCUAGACUUUUGAGCUGUUUACUUCUCUAGCGUGACAUCUCUGAUACUGUUUCUAGUCAAUAUUGACAUGACACCCUUUUAGGCAAUGUCUUGAAAAUUGUCUUCUGGUGACCUCAGAAUUCUACCAGGUCUGAGAGUAGAAUUCCCUAGUGAGUGUUAUGUGCAAUAUUAAUAGUGCAUUUCCACAAUCACUUGAUUGAAAAUCAUGUUUACUUGUAAUCAGACUCAGCUCUACUUUUUUUCCCUCUAGAUCCUUCUCUACCAGGUCUGACUUAGAGGCUCCAUUCAAUGUUGGGAAUGUAGCUCAGUGGUGAAUAUUUACCGAGCAUAUACAGGGCCCCAAGAUACCUGAUUCCCAGCGUUGUGAAAAGAAACAAACACAAGAUUUCAGAAUCCUGGUGCUGUCAUUGGCAGUGGCCUCUGCUGAGGGAGCAGUGAUUCAGACUAGCAUGGUGAAGUAUGAGCAGGAAGAAUGGCUUUUGCCUACUGCUCUUAUGAAGCUGGAAGACAAGUGUCCUGCUGACUGACACUGGUGUGGGUAGAGUUUGAAGCCUCAGUAGGAGGACCUUUCUGUUCUUCAUAUCAGCAUCUAUUCCUGUUACUUAAGAAGGUAACUUCUUUUUUAACCUAGAUUUUUUUAAAAAGCUUUUUUUUUGCAUAUUAGAAAAAAAUCAUAUUUAAUAGAAUUGGCCAAAAUACCGAUGCAAAAGUGGCUUAAAAUGUAUAUCUAUAAUUCUACCACCUAAACCCUAGGUUUUGAUAUAUUUCAUAUGUAGGUUUUUUUUAAUGUAUUAAAAGGCUUUUGUUUGUUUUUAAAUGGCAUUGGGAUCAUUUUGAGCAUACUGUCUAAUGUAUGGUCAGCUACUAACAUCGGAAUUUUUUUCAUAUUAGUAAAUACUCUUCUGUAACAUUUUAAUAGUCCAUUGACAGAUACACUGUAAUCUGCUUGGCAGUUAUUUUGUAGGAAGAUGGCCAACAUUUUAUUAUUAUGAAAGCAAUGUGUUCAUUGUAGAACAUAUAAUAGAAUCUAAGCUAAAAAGAUAUUUAAAAGCCAUAAAAUUUUACUAGUAAUAAUUCCUGUCAUCAUUUUUACAGAUCUCUUUCUAGCUUUAUGUAUAUGUAUAUAUUUAUAUAAUUCAUUGUCAUUCAAGUUUUUAUUUCCUUUUGAUUCUUUCUUAAAUUAAAUGUCCUAGUAUCAGGGGGAAAUUAAAUAUAACCAGGAAGUAAAAUUAGCUUUAGUGUUCACAGUGGGGUUUUUUGGUUGCUCAGAAGCUAACUGUAAAUGAGUCUUGAACGUACCUGUUGGAUUUAAUCAUCAAAAACAGUCUGUCAUUUUGCUGACUAAAGAGCUCAUUAUAGAAGUCAAGAAAAUCAUUAGGAGCAGAGAUGACUGAUGUCAGUGUUCUAGUUUAUUUUUUUAUUUCUUUCUAGUCUUUUUCAGUUAUGGAAUUCUGUAUUCUACCUUAUGAGUAGUACAUACUAAAAUACUUUGGUAUAUUGUAAAAGCUUGGAAUAAAUCAGUGGCUUUAUAAUUCACUGUUUGAAUAAACCAUACCAUGUUGAGCCAG